AUCAGUCUAUUCAAGGAUCUUCCCCAAAGACGGCUUUUACUACACAAGCGAUCAUCAAUUCAAGCAGCAACACAGAGAGCGCCUUUGUCAGUUUCGUCGCGCCAACCAUCAACCGCUAUAAAGGCAACGUGUGCGGCGGUUUCGAAAUCCAUCUAUACGAGCGAAUGA